AUGAAGAGCGAGACUUUAAGCAGACGACGCGACUUCAACUCCCCGAAGGCGCUUCUACAGCUUCGUGAUGUACUGAUCUGUCUAUCCAAAUUCAAUGAAACCGUCUCAAUUGAAGCCGAGUCUGACUCUUUGCGCUUUUCAACGCUGAAUACUACCAAAUCCGGCUACGCAUCGUACAAGUUUGAUGCCACGUCCUUCUUUGCCCAAUAUUCCUAUAGUGCAUCUAGGAAUAAAGAUAAGACUGGACGGGAUAAGGUUUCUUGUCAGAUAUACAUCAAAGCGCUAUUAUCCGUGUUCAAGGGACGGGCUAUCGAUUUCAAGGACAAGGAUACUGGAAUUGAGCGGUGUGAAGCCCAAUUGUUCGACAGCCCAGAUGAAUCAGAAUGCCGACUAGUCGUCCAGAUGAUUUGCAAGCACGGGGUCCUCAAGACGUACAGGCUAACGUACGAGCCAGCUGACAUCCAACAUGCGCUAUUUGACAGAUCUGGAGCCCAGAACCAGUGGGUUGUGGACUCAAAGUUCCUGCGAGAAAUUCUUGACCAUUUCGGGCGCAGCGCAGAGCAAUUAGAUAUCUACCCUGAUGACGACCGGGCUGUAUUUACCAGCUUUACGGAGAAGGUGAUGGCCGGGACAGAAAUAUUGAAACAACCGGUCCAUACGUCGGUGGCCAUUGAGACGCGAGACUUUAGCCACUUCGCCGUUGAGGAAGGGUUGCAUGUUGCUAUCAGUGUUAAAGACUUUAGAGCUAUUAUUCUCCACGCUGAUACCCUUAAGACACAAAUUACUGCUCGAUACACGAGGCCCUGUAGGCCACUGCAGUUUUCCUACGAUGUGCCGGGGAUGAUGUGUGAGUUCACACUGAUGACACGAGGCGAGGGUGUCGAUGAGACAGAGUCUGUCCCUUCACAGACCAAUGUGGCGCGGGAGCUAUCGGCUCGACCUAUGCAGCAGCCCGUCGCCAAUGCGCCAGUGGAGAGAGGUUCCAGCGUCCGAUUAUCUGGCAGGGAGCAGCAGCAGCAGACGCAGGUACAGACGCAGGUACGAUCCCAACCGCAGAUGCAGAUGCCGCCACCGGCAUCUCAAAGGCAGGAAACCAAGCCGAUCAUCCCACCUGGAUCGCUUGCGCCUGUGGCACCGAUCGAUCAUGAGAGCUUGUUUGUUGCAGUGGACGAUGAUCACCAGUGGGAUGAACCCCGCUACGGCGACGAGGAAGAGCAGGAAGAUAUGCUUCGAUGGGACGCAAAUCUUGACCAGGAGGCAUUGCGACAGAGCCUCGGGGGAACGAUACGGGAUAAUGUAUCUAGGAUGGAACCCGUCAACGAGCAAAACAUGCCCGAUGCUAACCCCACUGAGGAUGAUACGAUGGGCAUUCCGCCGACUCAACGAAUAUCGCAGAUACGCGGUCUAUUCGACUAA